UAUGGAAUUCUCUCUUGUCAAUUAUAACAAUGCUGUAAAAACACAAACAGGCAUUUUCUACAGUAAUUCAACAGAUAUUCUCUAUUCAGUUGACGAUGCAACUAGUAGUAGAAGUGUCUACAAGAAGUUGGGCGGUUUUAUUAUCGGCCUUGUCGUAGAUCCGAAAAAUAAUAAAUUAUUCUGGUCCGAUUCGGCUGUUGAACAGAAAGGAAUUUACUCGGCAGAUUUAAAGGUUACAUCUAAUCAAUUAACGUUAAUUAACGUUAAAAAGAUAAUAAGUGAUGUGUCAGUAGUAGAAUCUAUUGAUGUUAACGGCAAUUCAAAGAAUAUCUAUUGGACGGAUUCUGCUAGAAGAAAGAUUAAUGUUGCAUCGUACGAUGGACGUUUAAGGAGAGAAUUUCCCAUUUAUAAUCUUUUAUCUCCAAGAGGUUUAUUUACCGAUUUAAAAGAAGGUUAUUUAUAUUGGACCGACUCGGUUCGAUCGGUAGUAGAAAGGUCUAGAUUGGAUGGUUCAAAAAGGGAGAUCGUAGUAUCAUCUUUAAAUAUUAUUAAAAAUCCAAAUGGGAUAUUUAUAGCCAAGAAAUUCAUUUAUAUUGUUAGUGGAUGGUCAAAUCUUCUUGUUAAACUAUCAACAAGUGGAAAGAUAUUAUCCAAAAUUCUAUUACCAGAGAAUCCAGCUUUUGAUCUAAUUAUUGACUCUGAUUUUGCAUAUGUAACAGUAUCAAAUGUUGGUCUAAUUAAAGUUGAUCUAUUGAAAUCUACAUACAGUACUGUCUCUGAUCAUUAUGGUAGCAAUUUUGGAAUUACAACUCAAUUACAAAAAGACGAAAGUUCCUCUCUAUCGCGACUUUGUAAUCCUGGAAAACAUAAAUGUUCACACAUUUGCUUACUAACAUCAUCCUCCACCUAUCGUUGUAGUUGCCCCUCGACAGGUGGUAAAGUAUUAGACAAGAAGAAGAGCAAAUGUAUAGAUCCAACAACAGUUCUGAUAUUUGCCUCAGCCGAUCAGGGAGAAAUUGGCUACAUUGAUCCUGAUAAUCCCCUAGAACGCUAUAUUAUCUCUAAAUCAGUCAGACCGGUUGCCCUUACUUUCGACAAGGAAGAAAAGAUGGUCUAUUGGAGUGAUAUAGUCGAAAGAGUCGUUUUAAGGGCGCAUCUAAGUGGUCAAAAUCGAGAGGUUGUACUAACAUCGGACAAACAUUCCAUAGGUAUAGUCGAUGGCCUAGCAUUUGAUAACAGUGACAAGAGAUUGUACUUUACAAAUAGGGCUAAUAUAAAUAUGGAAAAAUAUGGAAGUCGCAAAUUGUACAGAAUAGAAUCAGUAUCGACGAAUGGGGAUAAACAAUUAACAAUAAGUAGAAAGAUCACCAAUCCAAUUGCUAUAUUCUUAUACAAAGAUCAGUUAUACUAUACCGGUCGGAAUCAUCAAGGUAGACUAAUGAAAUCGAAUAAAGAUGGAUCUAAUUCAACAACUGUCUUUUCAAAUACGACUUUCAAUAAUCCGAAUGGAAUUUUUAUUGAAAAUUCGGGCAGGAUAUUCAUUAUCGAUUCAAACUAUUCUGCUACGACCAAAUGGCAUACAGGAAGUGUAUACUUCCUAACAAUUUCAAAUGGAAGUAAAGCGAUACUUAAAGGAAUAACUAAAUUAAAGUUAAAAGCGCCAUUAGGAUUAACUGGGAAUGGUAAUGGAGUUUUAUACGUAUCAGAUUGGGAUAGUCGUUCAAUUGAACGUAUAGAACUCGAUAAAAAUGGAUAUUUAAAGGAACAAUCAACCGUACUAAAGAAUAUUACACAACCAAUGGGUGCAUUGUAUAUUAAUAUGAAAUCAAAACCUAUUCAAGAUACAUCUUGUACACUUAAGAAUUGCGAUAUCUGCUUGAAAAUUGAUACAAAAAAUACAAAGAGGUGUUAUUGUGAUGGCUACAAUACUAAAUUACUGUCAACUGAUAAAAGUUCAUGCAAAGAAUCAGAAGAUUUCAUAGUUUUCGCCGAUAAAUCAUCAAUAAUUUUAUCAUCUUUAAGAGAAACGUCUAAGCCUCACUAUAUCAUCAGAGGGAAUCCAGUACUUUCAUCAUAUUCAGCUGUAGCCGUUGUUAAAGAUACCUACUACUUUACUGACCUUCAGAGAGGUUCGCUGCAGUCAACAAACAUGACUAGUAAACAAUCGGAAGUACUCAUUUCAAAGGGCACUUUGAUUAAGCAGAUUAUAGUUACUGCAGAUGGAAAGGGUCUAUUUUGCGCCGAUUCCCUUAAUCAUCGUAUCUUAUUCAUUGAUCUAGUUACAAAACAGAAAAAGACUUUUGUCGAUCUUGUCAAGGAUCCCGAAAGUCUUACUAUAGAUUCCAGUGGAAAUUAUCUGUAUUAUACUGAACAUAGAAAAGAGAGCAAUAUAUGGAAGGUAUCAUUAAAGGAUGACAAACCAACGCCAACGUUAGUCUAUCAAAAAGCCUUUCACGAUCCUCGUGGAUUGUGCUUCGACGGAGAUGAUCUUAUAUUGGUUGAAAAUAAUAAUUUUCAUAAAUUCUGGAAUUGCUCCAGUUCAAUUAAAAUUGGUUGUAGACAAGUAAAACUUACAGAGAAAUUGGCUAAUAUAACAUCUAUAGCAUGUAUGAAUCGAGAAAGUAUAUUAUAUUUCUCAACGCAAACACCUCCCUCUAUUCAAAGUUUGAACCUUUCAACCGGAAAGACCAAAACUAUCGUAAAAUAUCUAAUAGGGCCUAAUCAAAUUUCUAUAAAGGUUACGCAUACUAAGUGCGGUGUGAAUCAUAAAUGUACGGAUAUAUGUAAAAAUGUCCUAGGGGAAGAGGUUUGUUCUUGUAGAGGGGGUCGUCAUCUGUUGGACGAUGGUAGUACAUGCGUUGAUAAAGCUAAUUGGGAAGAGAAACCAUGGAAAUUUUGCGUUAAAAAUUGUACAAAACAAAAUACAGUUUGUGGUCGAAUUAUUGAUAAACAAAUAUCAUCUUGUAUUUGUAAACCGGGUUAUACUUCAUCCGGAAACGGAAAUUGUAUAAAAUGUCAGAAAAACGAGUUCAAGUCUAAACCAGGACCGGAUGUUUGUUCUCCCUGUCCUGCAGGCAGUACCGAUUCAUCAGAUAGAAUUAGCUGUUCUUGCACGUCCGGUAAAUAUUGGUUAAAGGAAAUCGAAGAUUGUACAGAUCGUAUUGGGAAUUGUCCGUCUGAAGGAAAAGUGAAUUGUUCGAAUAAAGAAUGCGAGAAAGAUGAUGAUUGUCCACCUCUUCAAAAAUGCUGUUUAGGUUCAUCAUGCGGAAAGAGGUGCGCUGAUGGAGUUAAAUCAAAGUUUGGCUGCUUGCAUAACGGAAAUAUCUAUAAGCAAAGUGAAAUGUUUAAAAUUGAUCAUUGUACAAUAUGUACGUGUACGUCUUCCGGUCAUUCUUCAUACUACGAAACUAAGUGCAAAACUCAAAAAUGCCUUCCGCUCAACUGCGAUAAGUCUAUUAAAAAAGAGGGUCAAUGUUGUCCUGAAUGUUUAGACGACAAAGGUAAAAUGCAUUUUAAUACACACUUUCAAAUAAAAUAUGAUGAUUUUCGUGGUAUUUUAGUCAAAUUUAUCAAUUGUCCAACGGAAACGAAAGAGAUAAAUACGGAAAAAGGAAAGAAUUAUGCGAUCUUAAAAAGCUUUUUACGCGCGACAUCCCUUGGUAAAUCUUUGAAUGUUAAUGUCUCUCCGGAUGUAGGUCAUUUAGUAUGGAAUCGUAAUGCCUACAGGUUCAUGGCUACUUCCAACAAAGCAAUAUGUCAUUUUCGAGUAUUGGUCGUUGGUAAGCCUACCUUAAGGUUUAGGCCUUAA